GUCGAAAGCGGAGAGAGCGGAAGCGCGCCGCGAGCAGCAGAGACUGCGCGUGCGUGGGCUGCCCUCGCGGGGUCACGUGGGCCGGGGUCCCGACGAGGCGGACGCAGGCUCAGGAACCCUCCACCCACGUGCUCCCCUCCGAUCUAUAGAUGGCCACGUGGACCCCAAGCAGGGAUUUCUCUGAAAUGUCCAGCUGAGAGGAGAAUAGCUAGACAACACCUACCUUCCUACCGAAGAGAUCGUCACUGGAUCACUGUAAUCCAAGGCCAAAAGCAAGAAACAUAAUCGCUUGGAUUGGUUGAGUACAGUUACUGGGAGCAAAUAUGGAAAAUGAACCAGACCAGGAGAAUUUGGAACAGAACCUGUGUGCCAGGACUACUGAGGAAGAGUUGAACAAGUCUUUCAGUCUUGAAGCUUCUCUUUCAAAAUUUUCUUGCAUAGAUCUGGAUAAGGAGCUGGAGUUCAAAAAUGAUCUGAUUGACGACAAGGAGUUUGAUAUUCCUCAAGUGGACACCCCUCCCACUCUGGAGAGCAUACUUAACGAGACCGAUGAUGAAGAUGAGUCCUUUGUUCUCGAGGACCCUACCUUGCUAAACAUCGACACCAUUGAUUCUCACUCUUACGACACCUCCUCUGUGGCGAGCUCAGACAGCGGCGACAGGGCCAACUUAAAGAGGAAGAAGAAGUUGCCUGAUGCCUUCUCACUGCAUGGGUCGGUUAUGCGACAUUCACUCCUGAAGGGAAUAUCUGCUCAGAUUGUGUCUGCCGCUGACAAAGUCGAUGCUGGCUUACCCACAGCAAUUGCGGUAUCCAGUCUCAUAGCAGUGGGCACAUCUCAUGGAUUGGCUUUAAUAUUUGAUCAGAAUCAAGCCCUGCGCCUCUGCCUGGGCAGCACAAGUGUCGGAGGGCAGUAUGGAGCCAUCUCUGCCCUCAGCAUCAACAAUGACUGCUCGAGACUUCUCUGUGGCUUUGCUAAAGGACAGAUCACCAUGUGGGAUUUGGCCAGCGGGAAACUUCUCAGGUCAAUAUCAGAUGCUCACCCUCCAGGGACAGCCAUCUUGCACAUCAAGUUCACAGAUGACCCAACUCUUGCCAUCUGCAACGACAGCGGAGGCUCUGUUUUUGAGCUAACAUUUAAGAGAGUGAUGGGAGUGAGGACAUGUGAGUCGAGGUGUCUGUUCAGCGGCUCCAAGGGUGAAGUUUGCUGCAUCGAGCCCCUGCAUUCGAAGCCCGAGUUGAAGGAUCACCCCAUCACACAGUUUUCACUGUUGGCCAUGGCAUCUUUAACAAAGAUAUUGGUCAUUGGGUUGAAACCAUCCCUGAAAGUGUGGAUGACUUUUCCAUAUGGACGGAUGGACCCGUCCAGUGUUCCGCUGCUGGCCUGGCACUUUGUGGCUGUGAAUAACUCUGUGAACCCCAUGCUUGCCUUCUGCAGAGGAGAUGUGGUUCAUUUUCUCUUGGUUAAGAGAGAUGAGUCAGGCGCAAUCCACGUCACCAAGCAGAAGCACCUUCACCUGUACUACGAUCUGAUCAACUUUACCUGGAUAAACUCACGCACAGUUGUGCUUUUAGACAGCGUGGAGAAGUUGCACGUGAUUGAUCGGCAGACUCAGGAGGAACUGGAGACAAUGGAGAUCUCAGAAGUCCAGCUGGUCUAUAACAGCAGCCACUUCAAGUCCCUGGCCACUGGAGGAAAUGUUAGCCAGGCUCUGGCUUUGGUUGGAGAGAAGGCUUGCUAUCAAUCCAUCAGCAGCUAUGGUGGUCAGAUCUUCUAUCUGGGGACAAAGUCUGUGUAUGUGAUGAUGCUGAGGAGCUGGAGGGAGAGAAUGGAUCAUCUCCUGAAGCAGGAUUGUCUUACAGAAGCCUUGGCUCUUGCGUGGUCUUUUCAUGAAGGAAAGGCAAAAGCAGUCGUGGGACUCUCGGGGGAUGUCAGUAAAAGGAAGGCUGUGGUCGCAGAUCGGAUGGUAGAGAUCCUGUUCCAUUAUGCAGAUCGGGCUCUGAAAAAGUGCCCAGACCAGGGGAAAAUCCAGGUGAUGGAGCAGCACUUCCAGGACACAGUGCCCGUCAUAGUGGACUACUGCCUUCUGCUCCAACGAAAGGAUCUUUUAUUUAGCCAAAUGUACGACAAAUUAAGUGAAAACUCAGUGGCAAAAGGAGUGUUUUUGGAGUGCCUUGAGCCAUAUAUUUUAAGUGAUAAAUUGGUGGGAAUUACACCUCAGGUCAUGAAAGACUUGAUUGUUCAUUUCCAAGACAAAAAACUAAUGGAUAGUGUGGAAGCCCUCAUUGUACACAUGGACAUCACCAGCCUAGACAUUCAGCAGGUGGUUCUCAUGUGUUGGGAAAAUCGUCUGUAUGACGCCAUGAUCUAUGUCUACAACAGAGGCAUGAACGAGUUCAUUAGCCCGAUGGAGAAACUGUUCAAAGUCAUUGCCCCUCCUCUGAAUGCAGGAAAAACUCUUACAGAUGAGCAAGUUGUUAUGGGCAACAAGCUCCUGGUGUACAUCAGCUGUUGCCUGGCAGGUCGUGCCUACCCCCUUGGUGACAUCCCUGAAGAUCUUGUUCCCUUGGUUAAAAACCAGGUGUUUGAGUUUCUGAUUCGGCUGCACUCUGUGGAAGCGUCCUCUGAGGAGGAAGUCUAUCCGUAUGUUCGGACUUUGCUACACUUUGACACAAGAGAGUUUCUGAACGUCUUGGCACUGACCUUUGAAGAUUUUAAAAAUGACAAACAAGCUGUGGAAUACCAGCAACGCAUUGUGGAUAUUUUACUGAAAGUUAUGGUGGAGAAUUCAGACUUUACUCCAUCACAAGUGGGGUGUCUCUUCACGUUCCUCGCUCGGCAGCUCGCAAAGCCUGACAAUACUUUGUUUGUGAACAGAACUCUCUUCGAUCAAGUCCUGGAGUUCCUGUGCAGCCCUGACGAUGACUCCCGCCACUCUGAAAGGCAGCAGGUCCUUUUAGAAUUGCUUCAGGCUGGAGGCAUAGUUCAAUUUGAAGAGAGUCGGCUCAUCCGCAUGGCAGAAAAGGCUGAAUUCUAUCAAAUCUGUGAAUUCAUGUAUGAGCGAGCACACCAGUAUGACAAAAUCAUUGACUGCUACCUGCAUGACCCAUUGAGGGAGGAAGACGUCUUCAAUUAUAUCCACAACAUCUUGUCUAUUCCUGGCCACAGUGCUGAGGAGAAGCAGUCUGUGUGGCAGAAAGCAAUGGAUCACAUGGAGGAACUUGUGUCCCUGAAGCCCUGUAAAGCUGCAGAGCUGGUUGCUACUCACUUUUCUGGACAGAUUGAAGUGGUUAUUGGACAGUUACAGAACCAGGUCUUGCUUUUCAAGUUUUUGAGGAGUCUUCUUGACCCAAGGGAGGGCGUUCACGUCAAUCAGGAGUUGCUGCAGAUACCGCCUUCUGUUACAGAGCGGUUCAUCGAGCUGCUGUGUCAGUUCAGUCCAGAUCAAGUCACAGAGACGCUGCAAGUCCUCGAGUGCUACCGUCUGGAGGAAACCAUUCAGAUUACACAGAAGUAUCAGCUCCACGAAGUCACUGCGUAUCUUUUGGAGAAGAAAGGAGAUGUUCACGGUGCCUUCCUCCUGCUGCUGGAGAGACUGCAGAGCAGACUACAAGAGAUAACUCGGCAGGGUGGAAAUACAACAGAGGCUUUUCCACUGAAGGCUGUUGAAGAUACCAUGGUAGAGACAAUUGCUCUUUGCCAGAGAAAUUCACAGAAUUUGAAUCAGCAGCAACGAGAGGCGCUAUGGUUUCCAUUGUUGGAGGCAAUGAUGGCACCACAGAAGCUGUCCAGCUCAGCUGCUCCUCAUCGGCACUGCGAAGCUCUGAAAUCUUUGACUAUGCAAGUUCUAAACAGUAUGGCAGCGUUCAUUGCCCUCCCAUCGAUCUUACAAAGAAUCUUGCAGGACCCAAUUUAUGGAAAAGGAAAGCUUGGAGAAAUCCAGGGCCUUAUUCUGGGGAUGUUGGACACCUUUAACUACGAGCAAACUUUGCUGGAAACAACAACCAGCCUUCUGAACCAAGACCUCCACUGGUCACUGUGUAACCUGAGGGCUUCGGUCUCCAGAGGACUCAAUCCCAAACAGGACUACUGUUCUAUAUGUUUACAGCAGUACAAAAGACGCCAAGAAAUGGCCGAUGAAAUCAUCGUCUUUAGCUGUGGCCAUUUGUAUCAUUCGUUCUGUCUACAAAGCAAGGAAUGCACCCUGGAAACUGAGGGUCAAACGAGAUGGAUCUGUUACAAAUGCAGCUCGAGCAGUAAAGCGGGCAAGCUCAGUGAAAACCCUUCAGAAGACAAGAAAGGCCGGGUAACCUCUCAGGCAAAAGCGCUGCCAUCAUACCAGCAGACCAAAGAGGACCCUGCUGUCAGAAAGGCAAACUCAGAGCCUGUUCUGGAUCCACAGCAAAUCCAAGCCUUCGAGCAGCUCUGCCGGCUCUACCGAGGAAGUUCUCGGCUGGCUCUCCUUACCGAACUCUCCCAGAACCGCAGCGGUGACAGCUGUAGGCCAUUUGCGGGCUCCCAGAGCGGCCCUGCCUUCAACAGCAUCUUCCAGAACGAGAACUUCCAGCUGCAGCUCGCGCCUCCCCCUGUGGCUGAAGACUGAGGCCUCCCUGGAAGACCCCAGCACUGCAGGAGGCAGGAGGGGCCUCCUGGGCCAGCUCAGCCUCUGCCUCCCAAACUCCUGCACAGAGGUCCCGAGGAGGCCCUUGUAUCCGCCCUGCCACCCUCCAAUCUCAAUGCAGUCUCCCUGCUGUAGCAUCAGUCCUGCAUACAGGCCGGUUCCAUUUUGCUCAGAGUGCUGCCCAGCGCUUUGGACAGUAACCUUUACCCAGUGGCAUUCCGGAUGAAUAACAUGGGAGCUGGGGAGGGAGGGGCACAUCACUGUGGAAAGAAAAGCUCGGCCUGGAAAGAGCAGCAGUCGAGGACCAGCCAUGACUGUUGGUGUUUGUAUUAAACCCAUGUGAGCAGGAGA